UAUAAUAAGCUAAGAAUUGCACAGAAUCACAUCCGGGCUAUGUUGAGCUUCCAAAAACAUGGCGACUGCAGAGGGAGGAGGAAAAGACGAGGUGAAAACACAAUUCACCACUCGGGAGGGGACGUACAAACUUAUGACCUUGUCUGAGUAUUCCCGACCUACAAGGCAACCGUACAGUGUCCAGUGCUGCCAUCCUGUAAAAGUGUCAUUUACCAGUAUUAAUGAGACUGGGGUGUGUAAUGAUAAGAUAUGCUUCAAUGUAGGUCGCGAGCUCUAUUUCUAUCCAUACAAGGGAGUACGGAAGGCAGCAGAUCUGACCAAGCCCUUAGACAAGAGGACAUAUAAAGGUGGGACACUACCAACAUGUCAUGACUUCAACCAGCUUACUGCCAAUGCUAAGGGUGUGUCUGUUAUAGUAGGCUUCUCAGCUGGACAGGUUCAACUCAUUGACCCCAUUAGAAAAGAUAUCAGCAGGAUCUACAAUGAGGAGAGAAUGAUAGACAAGAGCAAAGUAUUGUGCCUAAAAUGGGUUCCUGGAACGGAGCAUAUGUUCAUUGCAUGCCACCAGAGUGGUUUUAUGUAUGUAUACAAUGAGACUCUGGUACCAGUGAAUACACCUCCUCACUAUCAGCUUGUAAAGCAAGGAGAAGGCUAUGCUGUCUUCACAUGCAAGAGUAAAACGCCAAGGAACCCUGUCUAUAGGUGGGCAGUAGGUGAGGGUUCUGCCAAUGAGUUUGCCUUUUCCCCGGAUGCUAAUUAUAUAGCAUGUGUUUCACAGGAUGGUUUCCUUAGAGUGUUCAACUAUGACACAAUGGAACUCCAUGGCAUGAUGAAGAGCUACUUUGGUGGUUUGGUUUGUGUGUGUUGGAGCCCUGAUGGAAAGUACAUUGUAGUGGGUGGAGAGGAUGACCUUGUCACGGUGUGGUCAUUCUUUGAACAAAGGGUCAUAGCAAGGGGCAGAGGUCAUAGUUCAUGGGUCAGUGUGGUGACCUUUGAUCACUACACAACAGGGAUGAUGAACGUGGAUGGCACAGACUUUGGUAGUGAUGAUGACUUUGGUACUCAGAAUAAUGAUUUGAGUAAUAACAGGGAACGUUCGUUCAGCAAUUACUCUAGGAACUCUAUACGCAGUACAAGUGACCUCCCUCCCCCGCACCUAUACAGGUUUGGCUCUAUCGGCCAGGAUACUCAGUUGUGCCUAUGGGAAUUGACAGAGGACAUGAUCCAACAGUUCCAACCCCCUGCAAGAACUCGCACCAACACGCAGCUAUCUGCAUCCCAUUGCAAUAAUAUCUCACACAAAAGCAGCAGCAAUGCCAGCUCCAACCAUCCUGAUGGAACCCACUCCAAGUUCUCUACUCUCUCGUUGUCAGACAAACACAAGGAGAAGAACAAGAAGGACAGUGUGUCAAGUAAGAGUAGUGUCCAUUCGCAUUUGAAUAAGAUGCACCUGAGGAUCUUUGAGGAAGCAUCCAAAGCCAUUGGGACUCAGCUUUGUCCAAGGUUGGAUGAAGUACUCACAUUAGAGCCAAUUGUGGCUAAAAAGGUUGCACAUGAGAGACUAACAUCACUGCUAUUCAGAGAGGACUGCCUUGUAACAGCAUGCCAGGAAGGGUUUGUCAGUACAUGGGCCAGGCCAGGAAAAGUGGGUCUGAGUGGUACCUCAAGAGAGUUAUUGUCACGGUGAAUGUUUCAUCACAGUCAGUCAUUGCCUGAGCCUAGUUCAAACCAGGAAUGACGCAGCAAGUAACAAUGGGAGGCACAGUUGUAUGAAAGCAGCACCAUUGAUCAAAGCUUUGCUUCUUUUAAUUGUAUGGCCUGUAUCCACUGCUGCAUAUUUUUGUUGUUCUAUUACAGUGCGAGUGAUGCUCAGUCGGUAUGUGGUGCGCAGCAUACAUACAUACAUACCUACUGAUGUGAAGAGUAAGGCAAUAUUUAAGAUCAUGAGAUAAAUGUAUAUCAGUAAUUCCUUGGCAGGUAAUUAAAGAUAAACUUGAGUUCUGGUUCACAGAAUCUAAAAAAACUUUCACUGAAUGUUCAAGAUUACAAAUAAAUGUCAUGUGCCAAACAAUUUUGG